CUUCCCUUGAACAGUUUCUCAAAAUGAUUGGUCUUUCGUGUUUAGUCUUGUCGAAUCGAAAAAUGGCGGAAACAACAAAUGUGAUGUGAAAAUAAGCAUAUAGGUACCCGUGAUGUCCUCCACACCGUCGCUGAUGGUGCUGUACACCAACGAUGCAGUGGAGGUUCGUUACGCUGACGGAUCGAGUCUGCAGCUGUCGCCGUGUGGGGCUAGUGUGUUACACCACGACAGACCAGAGGCAGGACAACACCCUGUAGCAGGUUUGCGAAAGAUACAGCAGCGAUGUCGGUACGUGACCAGCGCGUACAGGCAGAAAGUGCUUCAGGCCCUGGAUUUCCGCAACCGAUUUGCUGACCGACCAUACUUGUGUGAUGAUCUGCUGGUCAAGGAUGACGUGGUGCCUUUGUAUACAGACAUCAAGGAGGUAGCCUGGCCGAAGACUGGUGACAGAUCCUGGGCAGAACACCUCCCAGACGGCAGCAUCCGCAUCUUCUCCGUCGACGAGUUUGCCAGUCUGUCUUUAUCACAACACAAGCGAGACUUUACUGUGUGCUAUCUGUCUAAAAUAAGCCAAGAACCAGUGAAGAAUAAGAGUGUGUCUUCAUCCAGAAGGUCAGCAUCUUGCAAUUCAUCUCAGAACAAGAGCGGUAAUGAUUCUCAAAAACUGAUUUCAUCAGGAACUAACCAGACAUUGAACAAUACUUCUGGAUGUCUCAAGGGUGAUGGGUCAGAGAGUAGUGGUGUUGGAAAGAUGGCCCCCCUUGAUGCAGGCCAAUCUGGUCCCAACACGGAAACAAGUAACAAGUCGAAUAAAAAAACAGUCGAAUCUGUUGAUGUUGCCACAGACAAGGAGAAGAUAAAACAGGGUCGGGUUGACCCAGCAUAUACUCGUAUUUCCACACCAACCAACUUUGCUGAUGAGGGAGACCCAGGCGGAGGAAACGAAGCUGUCAUCACACCAUUUGGUCGUAUGUCCAUGUUUCGGCGCUACGGUGCUGGCAGCACUGAGACGUCGCCUGCCACUCACGACAUCUCCAGCAUCAGCAAGAUCUCAUCGGAGGGGCUGUGCACAACCAUUGAUGUUGAUGUCACAGUUGGACAUCAUGAACUCUCCCUGGAACAACGGUCAGCCUCGCCAGUGUUACCGGGACAAAGCAAUGGACACAAUGCUGGACAAUUGUCAAACAGUGUUGGAAACAGUACAGGGGAUCACAGCAUGAAUCGAAACAUAAGUAACUCUUCAGAGGAGAGAGAGAAAAGUGUUACAUCUGCCAACAGCAGUGCAGAGAGACCGGCCUGCCGUCAGCUGUAUACAUGGGUCACCAGACAUAUAUCUUGUAAUGAGUGUCCCAGUCGAUGGCGUCAUCCAUUAAAACUUGCUGAGGAGAAAUCAUCUGAGAGACAAAUGGAUGAAGACAACAGUCAGCUAACCCCAGGUCGUCUCCCAUUGAAGAUUGACAAGAAACACACCAGCAUGUCCCCCCUCCCUCAACCGAUCCCCCUCACCUGCCAUGCUCCACACCAUCACAAGUGGGCACCUAUUGAUGCCCACCAGGACGACCUGGACAGAUUCAACCCCGGUCGACUUAAAGUGGUGAUGGUGGAUGGGAUUAUAUACAGACUGAUCCACCUGCCUGCCCUAAAAGUGAUGGAGAUUUACCCCGGGGAUGGCAGCGUCUUCCUCUCGCAGGGUGUAUCCGGACAAUUCUACACCCAGAUCCUUCCGGCAGGGGAUAAGCUGGAGGAGAGGACCUUCUCUUUGACGAGCUCUUCCUCCACCCAUGUCCGCUGCCAAGUACUCCCUGGAGAAGGUUCUCAAGAGGCGUGUAGAUUCAUGUGUGAAGCCGUACAGAGAGACAAGUUGUCCCACUCCGAGGAGCAGCCAUGUUGGCAGGUGACGCCUACAACAGUCCAGGAGCCUCUGUCUGUGAGCAUCCUCGAGGAGGCAUACAUCCCUGGUGUGGGUCGCUUCACGGCACAUACCAACGGUCGGGUACGGGUGGUGUUUGAUGACAGGACAUCCCUGGACAUGGUGUGCAACUUCUCCAGGCGUGUCGAAGAAUGUGCACAACAUACUGCAGACAGUCAGCAGAGUGUAAACUCCUCCCUCCCAAAUGUUGCAACUGUCACUGCUCUCGACAACGAAGUUGACAGCACCACCUGUCGCCUCAUGCUGCCAUCUGGGAAAUACAUCCUAGUCAACAAGUUGAAGCCAGGGACCUACUCCAAAUAUGUAAGUCAGGCCAUGGAGUGGUCAUCGUGGGUAAACGCUUCCCCUCUGGACAGGAAGCAUUUCUACGAGAGACUGGGACAGACGGUCAACGCCCAAGGGUCAGCAGCCUUGGAGCUUCAGAAGAUAAACUGUUUCAACUACAUUGUGGAGAACACCGUCCUACAACCAGCGGCCCGCAAGGUUGGUCCAGGGAACAGUGGUACAGUUGACACCUUGGGAAGUAACCAUGGUUACAACAGCUUGGAAUCUGCACCACAAUAUCAAAGCCUGACAUCUGCAGCAAACAGUAUACAUGUACAACAAUCUGUAAUGUCCAAUCAGUUCCGUCCUAUUAUGGACAGUCAGACACCUGCUCAGCCAAUCACAGACCAGUUAACAUCAAGUUCAUGGCAUUCAACGAUAUAUCCACACCCAAUGAGCAACAAUCAUCCAUCAGUAUCUGUACAUUACACUGCUCCGGUGCCGAUGACCUCUAGACUAUCAUCCAAUCAUAUUCCACCUAGCAUGAUGUAUCCAGGCAACCAGCUUCAUCCAGUGGGAUCGAGUGAUAAGCGCACUAUGGAAAUGUUGGAUGGAUUUAGUUCAGUGAGACAUGCUCUCCUGCAAACGAACAAACUCAUACAAGAUAUCGACGACAUACUGGACAAGAAUAGUUGAUGCGACACAAAAUGGUUAAAAUACAGUAUUACUUAUAUGGCUGACAUGAACAGGACAUCUUGAGGCCUCGGUUUUGUGAUUAUUUGUGAACAAUUUGAGUGGGUUUGAAGGCCAUAGCGAUGGUUGUCUAACUAAAGAUCAAAAGAAACAAUCCAAAAGAUGUUGUUCUAAAAUUAACCCUCCUUAAAUGAGUUUUAGUAAAACAUUCUAAAGAUGAAAGAAAAAGGGUUAUGGGGAAUCAUAGGUCUGACAGAUUUUUACUCCCUUCUCCAUUUACAAAGUAGGAAUUGUUUUUUUCAACAUCCGGUGAGACUA